CUUUUAACUCGUGAUUGCCCCAAGCCUUUUCUCUGUUUUUGAUACAAACUGUGGUAACCAGAGUCACUGUGGCGCCAUACCAGGAGAAUGCAGUCUUUGUCUAUAUCUUGAACCUCUCGGACACCGCAUAUAGCCAGCUCAUCAUGGACGACAGUUCAACUCCCCUCGCUUCCCUCUCCGUCACACACGUUUACUACGACCCAAACGAUCAUGUCUCCCUCGCCUGCGCCUACCUCGCCCUCCUCCCCCAAGCCCUCUGCGUCGUUUACGCCACGCUCGUCCUUUUCACACGCGAGGUCGAAGUCGCCUUGAUGUUUCUCGGUCAACUAGCCUGCGAGGUGCUCAACUUUGCCCUGAAACGGCUAAUAAAAGAAGAGCGUCCGCGUCGCAUACACGGCAAGGGCUACGGCAUGCCUAGUUCCCACGCACAAUUCGUUGCCUUCUGGAGUGUCUCACUGGCUCUGUUCCUGCUUGUCCGCCACAAGCCGCCUCGUGUACACCAGGUUCGCGCAGAAAGUAGCUUAACCCGACCGUGGAGUGUUCCCGAGAGAGUUGCUGUGAGUGUGGCUGCGGCGGCGAUUGCGGCGGCGACGGCAUGGAGCAGAGUGUAUCUAAACUACCAUACCCCUAAGCAGGUCGUUGUGGGCAGUGUUGCAGGUGUCAUAAGCGCUCUCGGGUGGUUCGUUAUUAUUGCUGCCGUGAGGCAAACCGGCUGGUUAAACUGGGCUCUAGAGACGCCUUUGGCGAGAGCUUUCAGAGUUAGGGAUCUUGUCAUUGAAGAGGACAUGUGUCAGGCUGGUUGGGAGAAGUGGGAGGAAAAGAGAGUUACUGCUCGAUCGACAAAGAAAGACAGAUAGUCAUCAAUGAAUUGAUAACAACAGCCACACGAGACUGACUACUAAUAUAAAGUUACCUGUAUCCAUCGUUGGAUUCCGCGAGACCGUGCUCACUGUAGGUGACCAUC